AUGGUUGUCAUUCCCUCGCACUGCUGCAUUCUGCCCUUAGUUUGGGGGCUUGCCUUGCUAACAACUGCCGAGACUAUCACAGUAGACGAUUCUGUUUCCAAUGCCGUAGCUGUUGUGCCAAAUCAGCACAUGAAAACGCACACGCCAUCAAGACCGGAUGGUGAUCGCGAAUUGGUCGAGGAGCGAGUCUUUCCUACUUCGACUAUGACCAGAUUAGCUGGACAUGAGCUUCAGCCGUUUGCAGAUACACUUGUUCCUAAGAGAUCGAUUGAUCGGCUGCAUAUGAUGAAGUAUGUCUCAGAUGAAUGGGAGCAAUUUGAUUCUAUGACAGAUGAAGAUGCGAUUUCUCGUAUUUUAUAUGAAAUCGACGACAUUACAAAUCUAUUCCGUCAUAAUUCCUUUCUAGUUUGGCUCGGAACAAAGUCACCAAAGGAUCUGAAAGCCGCGAUUUCGACUCUAUCAAAUAGUUUGAAGAGACUUGUGCGCAUCAGAACCAUUCUACCAGGGAUGUUUGCGAAGGAGAAAAAAGGAAACGGCAUUUCUUACGUUUUGGCUACAGCUGUGGAGAGGAAAUGGUUGUUGAGCAUGUCGACGAUUGAAAUGUACCAAGUUCUAGGAAUUUCUAGCAUCGAGAAGAAUGAAGAUUUUGUUAAACAAUUGGGUCCUUUAUUUUGGGGUAAAUUUGACCAUCUCGGAAAAAAGAAUUUUAGGUUACUUCAGCUGUCACCGGAUGAACUUAUGUGGGCAAAAGUAAUUUUCAUGCUGCAAGACGACGAAAGUGCAAGUAAAUAUUAUCCUAGUGUAUUCGACCAACUUUUUCUGCCAUCUGUUCUUGAUAAAACGCAGCAUUCGCCCAGCCAGGCUUUCACGUAUCUGACAAGCCCAGACUUUCUCUUGGGGUACGAAUCUGUGGAUCGGACCGAGAUCGAUGAUAAUAUGCGGAGUGACAAAAGUGUUAUUAUGCCCUUUGACGAUUUGUUAAAUGAGCUUCUUCGGACGUACGACACAACUACAGGUGCUUUGCCCAUCGAUGCUGUCAGGAUUCUGACGGAAUUCGAUUUGUUUAGUAUUCAUCGUCCAGCGGUAACAGAAAUAAUGAGUGUCGAGAUGUUAAUUAAAAAGGAGUUACUUCAGCUGUCACCGGAUGAACUUAUGUGGGCAAAAGUAAUUUUCAUGCUGCGAGACGACAAAAGUGCAAGGAAAUAUUAUCCUAGUGUAUUCGACCAACUUCUUCUGCCAUAUGCUCCUGAUGAAACGCAGCAUUCGCCCAGCCGGGCUGUCACGUAUUUGACGAGCCCAGAAUUUUUUUUGGGAUACAAUCAUGUGGGCCAAAGUUAUGUACAUGUUACAGAAUGA